AUGACUUGCCUUGUCACAGCUGCAACAGUUAAGACAUCAGGAGCCAACGUUACUCAACAAGAUAUUCGAAAUCAAUUAGAAGGAACUUGGCAAAGUCUUAGUCGAAAAGUCAUGACUGGACCUACAUUCUAUGAUCCAGUUGAUGAAUUAUUGAUUGAACCUGCGUUACCUGGAUUUGCUUAUUCAUUUGAUAAAGAAGGUAAUUUCGAACAAUCCAUAUAUCAAGUCACUUCUAAUCCUCAGAAUCAUUCUUGUCCUUCAGCAAGUUUAAUUUGGCAACAUGGGAAAUACGAAUAUGAUUUCAAAGCUAAACAAUUGAAAUUAAUCCCUAUUAAAAUCGAUGGGAGACAAUUAUUAAGUGAACCAUGUCAAGAUGGUGGAAUUUCAACAUAUAUGAGAUUUAAUCAGAAUAAGGAGGUUAUAUUUGCUGAUUUUAAUGUUGAAAUUGAUGGUUAUUUCGGAGACAUGAAAUUACAAUUAUUCGGAUAUGAUUAUACACCAAUCCAACCGCUUUGGUUAACUUAUAAACCUCCAAUGAUGUUACCACCCCAAGUUUUAAACCCAACUUCAAAGGAUUCAUUGGUUCAUAAGUAUAAACGUGCAGUGGAAUAUUUAACUUAUAAGAUUGAUGAUGAAGUUAAUGGUGAUGGUGAAAGUUUUAAGAAACCGAUUAGAGAAGAUUCGAUUUGGGAUUAUGUAUUUAAAUUGUUUAUGGUUGGAGUACUUUCUGGCUCUUGUGUGUUGUGUUACUAUACUGUAUCAAGUAUUAAAACCAAUAAUUAG